AUGUCCACGAUUCCGAGAGCUGUCCUGAGAUAUUCAAGCAUUCAUAUUCUCAACCAGAACUUUGUUUCCGUCGCUAGUUGGGUUGCACAUGUCGGUGGAAGGGUCACGCACAUGAUCGAGAGACAGGGCAUGUUAGUAACCAUUGGUGAAGAAGACAAUAUUCGCUCUGCCGUCAUGAAGAUAUGGAACCUUAGCAAGAUUGACAAACGCAGUAGUGGUCCUUCCCUUCUUCGGUCAGCGAAGGUUCAACCUAGUGGAAAGCCUCACCCUGUAUCUUGUUUCGCCCUCACGCCAGACCUUGCCUUCCUUGCUAUUGGCCUUGCGGAUGGAACAGUCUUACUGUACCGUCAUCUCGAUCAAUCUCUUGCAUCUACGUCAGGUUCCCUCACCAUACUUCCUAAGCCGCGUGUCAUACAUGAAAUCCCCACUGAACCGGUCACCUUUCUUGGCUUCACGUCGUCUAACCCCACUUCCCUCUCACCCACUACCGGCUCAUCUUCACAGGAUGCACACAAUGCUCCACCGAAUCCCUCCCUUUAUUUACUCAUAGUCACCACCUCCUCGACCUAUUCUUACCCUCUCAUCCCCAAAGUCUCUUCUCCGUCCUCGGUGCUGGUUGAUGAAAUCGGUGCAGGCUUACAAUGUGCAUGUAUCGAUUGGAAGGGCCGUUGGGUGACUCUUGGACGGGACGAGGCGUUGUAUGCAUGCGCGGUGGGGGGUCGUAUUGGGUCCUAUGCGUUGGAAGGCGAGAAAAAGUCUUUACGUACGCAUCUCAACUACGUCGUGGUGGUUCUCCCUGCACCGUUCCCCCCAAUAACGACCACAGCGCCAGUCGGUAAUCAGCGCAAGCUCGGUGCGGGGAGUGCCGGAAUGGUUGCUUCGCCCACUAGCGGUACGCUUGCUGGAGUAGGACUGCUGAACUCUUCUAGUGGCGAAGUGGGCCGUGUGGUUCUGGUUGAUAUGGAGAACAAGCUGGUUGCAUAUUCGGGAAACUUCGAAGGUGGUGUGCGCGAUGUGAUAUCAGCAUGGGGUCACGUUUACGUGGUUGGGAACGAGGGAAAGCUUACGCGCCUCAUCGAGAAGCCUACACCAGACAAAUUAUCAUUGUUAUACGCCAAGAAUCUCUACUCUCUUGCGUUCUCAGUUGCACAAACACAGGGGCUAGAUACCACGGACGUACACCGGCAUCACGGUGAUCACCUGUACUCGCGAGGCGACUUUGAAGGAGCGAUGCGUGAGUACAUAAAUACAAUUGGGGGUGUCCAGGCCAGCUAUGUCAUUCGGAAGUUUCUUACGGCGCGCUUGACGCCUCUUCUUAUGACGUACCUUCAAGAGCUGCACGCUCGCGGGCUCGCACAUGCAGAACACACCACGCUUCUGCUUAAUGCAUACGCAAAAGCCGGCGACGUCGCACGACUCGAUUCCUUUGUACGAAGUGAGGGUCGGGUGUUCCGUGGAGAGGGUCCGGGGUCGGUCAGCAGGGUAGAAGAUGUAGCCCCUGGCGAUGGUCUCAGCAAAGAGCCACCAUUCGAGCUGGAUACUGCUAUCCGCGUGUGUCGCCAAGCAGGUUUCUUUGCGCACGCAGCGUAUCUGGCCCGUCGUUGGGGUCGACAUGACGAUUAUUUGAGAGUGUUAGUGGAAGAUGUUGGUGGGAGUAGUGUGGAGUUGACGUUCGGGAGCACAGGAAGAGGUACUGGCGCGAAGAGUGAAAAGGGUGAUGAAAGAAAGAUGGAGACCAAUGGGUACAGCGCUGCGGUUUCCUAUCUGCGAGAAGCCGGAGGCGACUGUGCAGAAUCUGGCCUUGCACGUUAUGGCAGAGCACUUCUCGACCACCUCCCCGAAGAAACAACGCAGUUACUCAUCGACCUUUGCACCAUAGCAGGACACCUCCCGGAAUCAUCGCCGCCUGACCAUUUACCUGCAACCCACGCGAAGGCGCCAAGCUAUCUUUCGUAUCUUGCCUUGUCCCGCGCGCCCGCGGUACCGCCAGCACUUUCUGCUGGAGACGAGGCUUUAGUUGCGAAGCCACCAGGACAGGAUAAGGGUGCUGGGACCGGUGGACAUGUGAGGGCAGCCACCGCUUCACCUGGACCCGCACAAGUGAACGGCGGGACCCAAGCAAUACGACGUCCCUCACCAACUCUAUUCUUUGCGCACUUCGUGGAUCACACAACCCACUUCGUGAGGUUUUUGGAGAUGGUUGCGCGCCGUCGAUGGGGACAAAGCUUGGAAGGGGCUAUAGCGGUGGAAUUUCCGGGUUCAGAAGACGAUGAAGCCGAGAGAAGGGACCAAGCUGCUGUAUGGAACACUUUGCUCGAGCUUUACCUCACAGAGAACCAAAAUGAAGGAGACAAGGAGAAGGCGUUACGGCUACUUCGCAGUUCGCAUCUGCCGUACGAUGCCACUCAUGCACUGAUUCUGUGUUCGAGUUAUUCGUAUGCACCCGGUCUCGUGCUUUUAUGGGAAAAAAUGGGCAUGUACGAAGAUGUAUUGCGGUUUUGGAUGGACCAGUAUAACUCCGGCGUGCGGGCGGUCGCGGAAGCGGGCGACUCAAGCCAUGCCCGUGUGGGAAUUCUGUCCUCGCCGACAGCUCAAGUCAUCGCAGCGCUGCGUCAGUAUGGUCCUGGCCACCCGCACCUCUAUCCACUGGUACUGCGUUUCCUUACGUCCACUCCUGAGCUGCUCUCCACUCAUCAAGCAGAUCUACAAGAGAUCCUGGAACAUGUUGAGCGCGAGCACAUCAUGGCUCCCUUGAGUGUUGUCCAGGUUCUUUCGCGGAAUAAUGUCGCGAGCGUGGGGCUUGUCAAAGGUUGGCUUAUGCGGCGUAUCGCAGAAGGGCAAGAAGAGAUUGCAACUGAUAAACAACUCAUAUCAUCCUAUCGGUCCGAGACGCAAGCCAAGCUCAAACAGAUUGACGAGCUCAAGGAUACUGAGCAUCCAAGGGUGUUCCAUGUGACUCGGUGCUCGCAAUGUAAUGGCCAGCUCGACUUACCAAGUAUCCAUUUCAUGUGCAACCAUAGUUUCCACCAACGGUGUCUUCUUGGUAGCGAGGCGACGUGUCCGCUAUGCGAACGUCAACAUGGUGUUAUUCAAGAAAUCCGGCGGAAUAACGAACGCCUUGCCGACCAGCAUGAAUUGUUCUUCUCAGAGGUUCGUGAGAAUGGUUUCCGCGCUGUGGCUAGUGGCUUUGGGCGCGGCUGGUUGUAA